CAUGUUCCAGCCCAUUAUUAGCAUUCUUCCAAGCCGAUAAUUUCUUCUUUCUUCCUCGUGAUCCCUUUAAAACCCCUUCAUUGGGAGACUCAGUCAUAUCAUUCCAGUUUGUAUCUUACUAUCCUCGUUCUUACUUUGACGUAGCACUUACUUGUUGGCUUCAAACCCAGCGCUAGUUCCAUGACGAAGAUUUCACAGCAAAACCAAAGGAACAAUUCAAACCUUGGGAAUGGGAUCAAUAAUUCUGCUAUCAAAGUGAAAAGAACUAGGAAAACUGUCCCUAGGGACUCUCCUCCUCAGCGUAGCUCGAUUUAUCGAGGUGUCACAAGGCAUCGAUGGACUGGAAGAUAUGAAGCUCAUUUGUGGGACAAGAAUUGCUGGAAUGAGUCUCAGAACAAGAAAGGAAGACAAGUCUACCUUGGCGCCUAUGAUGAUGAAGAAGCAGCUGCACAUGCUUAUGACUUGGCUGCACUUAAGUACUGGGGUCAAGAUACGACCCUUAACUUUCCAUUGGCAACUUAUCAGAAAGAACUGAAAGAAAUGGAGGGUCAGUCCAGAGAAGAAUAUAUUGGAUCAUUGAGAAGGAAGAGCAGUGGUUUCUCACGAGGAGUGUCCAAGUAUAGAGGAGUUGCAAGGCAUCAUCACAAUGGAAGGUGGGAAGCUCGAAUUGGCAGAGUUUUUGGCAACAAAUAUCUUUAUCUUGGAACAUAUGCAACUCAGGAAGAGGCUGCAAUUGCAUACGACAUGGCUGCCAUUGAAUAUCGAGGACUUAAUGCUGUAACAAAUUUCGACCUCAGUCGUUACAUAAAAUGGUUAAGACCUAAUGCCACCAACAGCACCACCACCUCCGCUGCGAUCGCCGAGCCUAACCCUAAUGUAGACACCAAUUUUAUGCCAACCCCAGAUCAAAUGUUGGCAUCAAGCUCCAUCUACCACCCUCAGACCGAACAACAGCCGCAACCAUUGGAUAUUACCACCGACAUAACCCUAAACCAAUCGCGCCCUGCCUCAGCAACAUCAGCCCUUGGUUUGUUACUUCAGUCAUCAAAAUUUAAGGAAAUGAUGGAGAUGACUUUGGCAGCUGAGUGUCCGGUGGCCUUAACCACGCCGGAGUCUGAACCAACGCAAUGUAGCAUUCCUGAUGAUGCACAAUCAUUCUUCACUACACCUGACAUGGGCAGCUACAUUGAUCAAAGUCAAGAGGACAUUUUUAGCGAGCUAAUUAACCCUUUCAUGCAACCAAUGUUACAAUUCGACUUUGAUGUUUAAGGGGAAGAAGGUUCACUUCUAUGUAGUUCUUUCAUAGUGUUAAGUUUCCAGCUUCUUUUCUAAUUUUUUUUUAAAAGAUUAGAAGGCAGUACGUGCAGUAAUUUGUUGGAGUAAAAAUGUCACUAUUAAAUCAAAUUGCAUUUUUGUAGAUAUAUAUGGGAAUAAAUGUAUGGUGCAUUUUUGUUAUUUGUUAUAA